GUCUGCCACACAGUGUGAUGUACUAGUGUCAGCAAGCCCCUCAUGUGACAUGUCCUCUGUCCGCCUUCUGUCUCACACACACAAACACACACAUACUGCUCCCUUAACUGUAGCAUGGUACUGUGUUUAGUAGGUGAGCAGUUACAAUGUGGUGAAUUAUCUUUUUUUCCCUUUGUUUGUUACUGACACGACUGUUUUCAGGAAGUGCAGCACAUUAUGUGUGUUUGUGCCCAGAAAGGGGGACAACCACUGAUCUUUGAGGACGAUAAGUCCGGACACCAACCGUGCUGUUGCAACUAUCAGGAGGAACAGUGAGCCGGUGCAGAGCAUCACUUUAUUCCCCAUUACUGUUAUAAAUCAAUGUGAAUAAAAUGCAGUUUUAGAAUGACUCCACAUAAUUGUAUUUUAUACAUCUUGUUUUGUUCCUGCUGUUUGGACAAGAUUUCAGUGUUGAAAGGUCAGUUUGACCCUCCUGAAAACGUCAUCCUGAUGGGAAAGAUUGAAAUUUGGAGCGUCUUUUGGAUUUCACCACAAAUCAGGGAUGGGAAUACAAGAAUUGUGUGUUGUUGUUUUGUUUUGUUUUUAAAUCUUUUUAUUUUCAUUAUUACCAUCCAUGUGCAGACUGUUGACUGUCAGUUAGUAUUAACCAUAGCCUCUGUACAGCGAUAGCAGCCUCACACUGCUAACUGCUGGUCAGCCCACUCCCUGCUACUGUACGAGCCUGCGGCCACUUAUCGCUCAUGUCAGCAUGUGCUGCUGAAUAGUGAUAUAGUUUGACAGGUAUUAGAUGUUAUCAUAUCACGUGUCUGUGGCAUGCUGCGCUUUGAUGCAGGGGUCUAAAAUAGGGAAGUUGUGUGCAAGAUCAGUAAUUCAUAACACUAUUUGUAUUAUAUCAUGCAGUUUUGCAGUGUAUUAAAAUGGCAUGCAAAAACCAUGUUUCUCUUACUGAGCUUCUGAUGGGGACUGCUGCUUGAAACAUGCUGUUCUGCUCUGUCCACUGAUAUCACAUUUUAGUUCAGCAGGUAUCUGCCAUUGUGCUCAGACGCUCUUGUGCAAACAGGUUUGAACCUCAGCUUUUAGUCCUAGAGAUGUUCUUUCUUUCUUUCUUAUGCUUAUGGCAUAUGUAUUUUAAUGUCUUACAUUCCUGAUUGAUAGCUUUCUAAAAGAUGGGAGAUUAGACCCUUUGUGCCGUUUACUAUAUUUUCUGAAUGUGCAGGGUGAACCCAUUGUUUGGAAAGAAAAAAGUGCAUCUUAUAAACAAGGACAAAUGUAGAAAUCUGUUUAUGAAAAUAAAGAAUAUAUUCACUACAAAAAAGACGGGGGGGAGCACAAUAGUCUCUUCAUCUCAUAAAUGAGUUCUGAAACCUGCACACGUGUCUUUGCGGUCAUGGCUACAUCUAAGGUUUAAUUUAUGACCAGGAAUCACACAUCCUAACCCCAAACAUCUGUUUUAUCUGAAGAAACAGAGAAACCACAUUCUGUCCUUGUCCUCCGCAACAAUACAGAUGUCUUCUUCCUGCCAUAAGACAACUUCCCUUCCGUAUGCAAGGGAGGCCUCUGCUUCUAAACAGAAUUCUCACUUAGCUGACUGGAAGGGAUGUGAAACUGAAGUGAGCAAAUGUAUGCAAAUGUGUCAUUAUUUAAACAAAACGUAGCUCUUUACGUCGGUGCCCAUCUCACAGUCAUCAUACUGCCCUUUGUAAGUGAUGUAAACACGUGCUGAAUUGCAUUUAAACUGACGGGGAUGGGCUGAGACUACUUAUCUUGGGUGAAGAAACAGGGCUGUCUGCACCUCUGAUAAUACUAGCCAAACCAAGAAAACACGGGGGUGCAGUGAGUAGAUAAGGAACCGUUUAGGCCUGCUUCGUACAGAGUGUGAGUGGGUACUCAGCGGUUUCUGUUACAUGAGCACAUGCAGGAAUUAAACUGUCCCAGGAGACAGCAGGGGACUACAGACCACCUCCUCGGGCCAGUCAGUGUUUGCGCACCAUUUCCUCAAAAAGGGCUGUUAUCUAUCUAUCCAUCUAAAUAUCCAUCUAUCUAUCGAUCGAACUCUCUAUCUGCGCGCCUUUACGCAAUACAGAUCUCAGACGUCGCAAACAUGUUGUAAACAUCAAUGAGCGCGUGAUUCCCGCCCACCAUGCCAAAAAGUUCUGAAAGACUUUAUUUGCCCCACCUCUUCUGUUCUCACUCAAGGAGAAAGUAAACAGCUCGGCGUAUAAGCACCUUAUCGCUCACGAGCAGGCGCGUAAUAACCGCGCUGCGCUAUGCAUGGUAUCGAAACACAAAACAAGCGAGGAGAGAGCUGCGGCAGAUGUGUUUGUGGCAGGUUAUUUUCCGGUGAUGCAGGUGGACAAUAGAGGGCCGAGGUCGUUCUGUUCCCCGAGAAGACAUGAUGACAUGUGAGAUUCUGAGUAGACUGUUGGCACUUUGCGUGAUAGCCUGCAUCGCGCGAGCGGGUUCCACCCUCCAAGACGCUCGAGAUUUCGAGGAGAAAGUGUCCAUUCUCCUGAAAGAAGAACCAGAAACCCCCAAAUGCUUUGCUGAAGGGAAGAAGGACUUCACGUGCUUCUGGGAGGAAGAUGAGGAGAGAGCUGGCUCUGUGCAUCAGUACUCCUUUACAUACACCUACCAAAAUGAAAACAGCAGCAGGUGCCCCCUCAGUGCCGUCCCUGCAGCAGGUGGGAAAAUGCUGAUUGUAUGCCAUCUCAACCGAAUUCAGAUGUUUGUCCAAAUGGACAUCCAAGUUCAUCGGGAGGGAAUACUGAUACACAAUCGCAGCCUCCUCAUCGAACUCGUCUUUCUUCUGGAUCCUCCUGCUAAUGUAACAGUGAGCAGCACAGGUCAGCAAGGCCAGCUGAAUGUCAGCUGGGUGCCACCUCCUCUGAAGUACAUGGAUGACAGCAUGAUGUAUGAGGUCUUCUAUUCUCUGGCUGACAGCCACAUUGGGCAGGUUGAAGUGGCCCGGGCAUGCUCAGAAUAUAUCUUGAGAGGCCUGCAGUUCAGUAGAAAGUACAAGGUUCAAGUCCGUGUAAAACUGGAUGGAGUUAGCUACAAUGGCUACUGGAGUGCUUGGAGUGACCCAGUGUUCAUGGAAACUCUUCCUACAGAAUUUGAUCCACUCAUCAUCUCCCUGACGCUCAUCAUCUCUUUCAUCUUCAUUGUCCUGUGUCUUGCUAUGCUCCUGUCCCAUCAUAGGUUCCUUAUAAAGAAGAUUUGGCCAGCUAUUCCAACUCCUGACAGCAAAUUUCAGGGUCUUUUUACCAUUUAUGGUGGGAACUUUCAGGAGUGGUUAGGCCAAACCAAUGGAGGUUUGUGGUUGACGCCAGCUUUCAUCUACUCAGAAGAAUGCCCCUCUCCUCUGGAAGUACUCUCAGAACUGAGCCUAUGCCCCUCACUGCCCUCUCCACCUCUGCCACCCAAGGCCUCUAGAGCUUUGAGUACAGUCAGGAAUGAGGGCAGGGAAUUGAGGAAUGGGGUUGAAGAGAGAGCACUGUUGGUAAAAGACAAUUUAGAUGGCGAGACAGAUGGGGAAAGAGCCGCACCGCACCACCACUGGUUACUGGACCGCUUGCGGGCACUCCACCAGCACCAGGUUCCCUGCUCGCAGUCUUCUCUGCUGGAGUCUCAAGACACCUACGUCACCCUCAGUGCCAACAACAACAGUGACGAUGAGCGCGUGGAUAGCAACCUUGAGGAAGCCUUGCCCCUUGAGGCUCUUUUUCCCUCUGGAAAUACAGCAUUGUGUGAAUCUCACUCUGACCUGGGAUCAGCGCCUCAAAGCUCUGGAUCAGGUUGCAUUUCUUCCCAGUCCAGUUUUGAGUACCCAAACCAUGCCUGGAUGGCCAAGGGCCCCGGGUACACCUACAUGGCAGUGGCAGACUCUGGGGUCUCAAUGGACUAUAGCCCCAUGAGCAGAGUUGAUGAAAAUGGAAAAGUGCCCGUCUACACUAACGAGUACAAGAACAUGAUCCCUGCUCACAGGAAACCCUUCUUGGUGAGGCAGUACCCUGUCCAUGGUGAUGGCUGAGAGGAAGCUAAACUGUUUUAAAACAGACUCUGUAAGGGAAUUUGGAUAUUCACCCAAGGCAACAUGGCUUCCCAUCAACUGCUACGAAAGUAACUGGGGAGGUGACUGACACCACAGUGUAAGCUAAAGAACUCUGUACAGGACACUGAGGGAUUGAACUUCUUGAGUUUCUCCACCAUGAAGAAUUUUGUAAAGCUUCAUGUUAAGGCAUACAUAUUGACCAUUAACAGGUUUCUUAUUAGCAUGCAUACUGGUAGCAGACUGGUUCUUUAUUAGCCAUUAUAAAGCACUUUCUGAUGCUGCAGUCUGCACCAUAUUCUACAAAUAUAAUUAAUUUGCUAUCUAAUUACUGUUCAUUGAUGGUAAAUAAGGAAGUAGUUAUUCAUAACCUAUUGCCAAUAUAAUAGCAGUUUUCCUUUUAUAGCAUUUAAUGAAUACGGGGUAUUCUUGUGAAAGACUGCACAAAAGUAAGUGUUAAUAGUGUUAAAAAACCUGUAGGUUCACAGAGGUGCAAAGGAGCAAGAAGUACAAACUUGGCACAGCUAACACCAUUCUCCUUAUUAAUUGAUAGCAUACUUUUGUUUUCAUAUCAUGUUUAAGGUAUAGAAUAAAUGUACUGCUUUAACUAAAUUUUAUAAUUUUCAGCUGAUAGAGCUUUUAUAUUUCUCAGCAUGUGGCACCGUUUAGCACCCUAAUUCACACAUCACAAAAGCUACACAGACAAAAAUGAACUUGCUUAAAGCAGUUCAUGCUGCUUGGUUAGAGCAGCAUUCUCUAUAUAAUGCUUUCCGUGCAGCAUAACAGAAUUUUAGGUGAACAAAGCAGUAGGAGUUAUGUCUUCUUGUUAGAAGUAAUGCGACUUUCACAUUUUUUACAUUGUUCUAAAGUCAAACUUCAAGUUUCGGCAAUCUUUGAUAAAUUGUAUCAUUACCGACAUUAAACUGUGAAAUAGCACCUACUCAAUCAUCCAAUUACCAGAAGAAACUUUGUACAAACAUCAUCAUUGUGCAA